AUGCCGAAUCACCAAUUUGGGUCCCAGACAGACUCAUCAGGCCAGGCAAAGGAAACAGACAUCCGUCCCCCAUGCCGAAAGAGGCCGAACCGCCAGAUAAUGCGGAACCUGGCCAAAAAGAUCAAGGCGACUCGCCUAGAGCCAAAAACAAAAACACGCCAGACGCCGACGUGGACACAGCUUAAAACCCUGACAGCUCAGGCAAAGGAAGUAUUGAAGGCUACACAUGCCCCGGAAACGACAACCUUGCUGUUUGUGGCUAUGCUUAGAGUCAUGAGUGCGCCCACCGCUUUAGGGGAAAUUUGGGCUUACUUACCAAAGCCACCCAUAUUACAUCCUGUAGGGUGGGAGGUGUCGGAUCACAUCAAGGUUUUAACCAAUCACACAUUAGUGAUAGGGGGAUCGCCUGACUUUCACCUUCUAAAGAACAGCUCGGGUUAUGUAGAUUUUGAGGGAAAGUCCGAUUCUCUGCCAAUUUGCUUCUCUUUCUCCCCUUCGGUGCCAGUGGGCUGUUUUCAAGUGGGAAAAAGGGUGUUUAACAGAGAUACCCCCUCCUUGAACAAUAUCAAACCAGAUGGAAAGGGCAAUGGGCGGCGUAUGUGGGAAUUGUGGAUGACCACCGUGAGCGAUAAAGAAGAAAAAAGACAACAUUAUACCACAGCAAAGAAUCUUCCGCCGCGCUACCCCCAUUACAAAACAGCAUUUAAAAAGGACGCCCUUUGGGAGGGAGAUGAGAAUGCUUUCCCGCGCUGGCUUCCAUGUGCCUUCCCUGACAAUGGGGUAAGAUUCUCUCCCUUAGGCGCUGCUAGACUUCUCUGGGACUUCUCCAUGUCCUCACCUGAUAAAGAUCAGAGCAAUUAUCUCUCCUCCAACUCAAAACCUUAUGGGAACUACGUGCCUCCAGUUGGAAAACUGAUCAAAAGAUGGUAUGAUGCGGGGUGGGUAGAACCGACAUGGUUCUGGGAGCCACUCCACAGAGACCUCCCUGAUAGACAGAACAAACCACUGAUAGAACAUCCAGAACUGUUCCGACUGGUUGCUUCUAGUGAGAAACUUUUGCUGAAGAAAACAGGAGCUGCUGAUUAUGAUGCUGUUUCAGUUUCUGCUUGUGUUACCUAUCCCUAUGCAAUAUUAGUAGGAUUGCCACAAUUAAUUAUCAUAGAUAAGGUUGAAUCUAUUUUUAGUAUUAAGUGUACAUCAUGCAAGCUGAUUAAUUGCAUUGAUUCCACUGUAUCGGGAUCUGUUAUAUUGAUUGUCAGGAGACCUCCUUAUGUUUUGUUACCGGUAGACUUGGGAGAUGAGCCAUGGUUUGAUGAUUCUGCCAUCCAGACUAUUAGGUAUGCCACGGGUUUGAUUAGGGCAAAAAGAUUUGUAACAGCCUUAAUUCUAAGUAUAACCGCUUUGAUAGCUAUUGUUACUUCUUUUGCUGUUUCUACUACUGCUUUGGUUAAGGAAAUGCAGAUUGCCACUUUUGUUAAUGAUCUCCAUAAGAAUGUUACCCUUACAUUAUCAGAACAGAAGAUUAUAGAUUUGAAAUUAGAAACUAGAUUAAAUGCCCUAGAAGAGGUAGUAUUAGAAUUAGGACGAGAUGUUACAAACAUUAAGACUAGGAUGGCCACACGCUGUCACGCUAAUUAUGAUUUUAUUUGUGUGAUUCUUUUACCUUAUAAUGCUACAGAAAAAUGA